CUUAAUGAGAAUCGAUAAGCCCUCACUUUUGGUUGCUCUUUUUUGAGGAAAGACGAAGAAGAAGAAGAAGACAACCUGAUAUUUGAAUAUGAUUUCAGUCAAAAUUCUAAAUAGCUAUUAUCAAUCACCAUUUCUCUCCAAUUCUUCUUCCAAUUUUCAAACAAGGGUACAAACAGAAAAUAAAUCCAGAUUUGCACCAAUUAAAGUGAUUGAUGGACGAAAACUGCGAGUGACAGGAUGUAGUGAACAAGGAGGAGAAAAGAAGAAGAAUGAAAAGCAAACUUUUUUGACUCUAGAAGAAGCUGGUUUGGUAGAAAUAUCCGGUCUGAGCACUCAUGAGAAGUUUCUGUGCCGUUUAACGAUAUCGUCUCUGAACCUAUUAAGAGUGAUAUCAAAGCAAGAAAGGGGUGCGAUUGAGGAGCUAAAUGCAGGGAGGAUAUGCGAUUGGUUCAUGAAGGACAAGCUUAAAAGGGAACAGAACAUGGAGUCUGCAGUCCUUCAAUGGGAUGAUUCCGAUUUCCCUUUUUGACUUUAUUUUUUAGUUUCGCCUUAUGCUUCUGAAUCACUAGGUAUGGGAAUUGAACCAAUCCAGGCUGUUUUUUGUUCUGCUAAAUUAUCACAGAGAUUGUCCUG